AUGAUCGGUUUCCCUAGUCGCGUUUUCAUGAAGAAAUUUCCCACGUGCACACCAGAUCUUCAAAUUGUUGCAGAAGGGGACGACGCACAUGUGAUUUAUGCUAAAAAACUCAACUUUUGUACGUGUCUCAACCUCACUGUGUUUGAAAUAGAUGGUGAAACAUGCUUGGGUGUUGUUGAGGUGGUGACGACUUCCCAGAAAGUCAAUCUCCGAGAUGAACUCGAAAACAUCUGUAAAGCUCUAGAGGUUGUUGAUCUAAGGAGUUCGGAGUUCUUGGUCUAUCCAAAGCAAAAGGAUUUUAGUGAACCAUAUGAUGUUGUACACCACACUACCUGCCAAUUUUAUGGGCAUUUAAGGUAUUAUACUACUUAUGUACUCACAUUAUGGGUUGAAACCUACUUCUUAUUGAGAUGUAAGGAUUUGACAUUGAUACUGAUGAGUGCUACAUUGAAUCCUGAGCUUUUUUCCAAUUAUUUUCAAGAAGCACCCAUGAUUCAUAUUCCUGAAGUAUUCCAUGAAGAAGAAGAACCUGAAAUCGAUGACACAAAUACUCCAAUUGUUAGUGGGGAAAGUAUAUCACUUUCUGCAGAACCUUCUACUGGAAACAAGUCCGGGAAGCCAAAAAUAAAGGGAGUAUCAAUGAUAGAGUUGUGGUGGGUUCAAUGCGACAGGUGUGAAGCCUGGCAGCAUCAAAUAUGUGCGCUAUUUAAUGGUCGAAGAAAUGAUGGGGGGCAAGUAGAUUAUACUUGUCCAAAUUGUUAUAUGGAAGAAGUUGAAAGAGGAGAGUCGAUGCCUCGACCACAAAGUGUUGUACUUGGAGCAAAAGAUUUACCUCGAACCAUACUCAGUGAUCACAUAGAGAGCAGGUUGUUUGGAAAACUGAAGCAGGAGAGACUAGAGCGUGCAAGGUUGUAUGGGGAAACUUAUAAUGAGGUUCCUGGAGUAGAAGCACUUGUUGUCAGAGUGGUCUCUUCUAUGGACAAGAAGUUGGAAGUCAAGCAACGAUUUCUUGAGAUCUUUCAAGAGGAAAAUUACCCUGUGGAGUUAAGAGCAGAGUGUCCGCAGCCAAACCAUCGACGCGUUUAUCUUUCUUAUCUGGAUUCGGUCAAGUACUUCAGGCCUAAGAUGAAGGCUAUGAUAGGGGAGGCUCUUCAUACAUUUGCAUAUCAUGAGAUUAAGGCUGUGACAGGGGAGGCUCUUCAUACAUCACUUGUUGAGCAUAGCGAUACAUCAAUGUCCUUCAAAAUUAUGGAUGAUGGCCAAGUCUUUCUCUAUGCAGUUCUGACAGCUCUAGCAACCUCCUUCCAUGCCCUGAAGCCUCUCAAAGUUCCUGCAUCAGGUUAUUCCUUUAGAUAG